AUGGAGAGAGCGAUUCCUGGUGAUUGGCAAAACCUGUAUGCUCCAUCGCUCAUGGAAGCCAAUCAGCGUGAGCCGACCUCCGACAUCAACUUUAGUGGGUCCGUCAUCGUCACCCCCAGAAAUUACAACUUGAACCUAUUGCUACGCGCGUCUGGGAAGACACCGCGCUUCGACAGGUUCCACUCGCUCUACGAGCGUGUACAAGCCAUGGUGCGUACUAUUCGUAGCAAUGCGCUUGAGAAGCUGGCGCGGCUCUCAGCACAGUCAACAAAUACUACGACUACGAUUUCCGAUUUCCAGAGACUCUUCAAGAGAUGCCCGCAUUCUUCUGGAACUGCUAGCGGAGUCGAACAUGGCACUGUUAACACGUGGACACCCAUGAAACUUCAAGAACUAGAGACAAUUCUGGCUCUCUGCAAGUCUGCACCUUAUGUCCAGUCUCCGGAAGUCGCAGAGAAGCUGCUCACCCGCUUAUCGCCCUACCUUUCCGAGUCGUACACGCAGAUCCUCUCGCCUUCCCCUAACCUCCGCGCCUUCGAACCCUCGCCAUACGAGAAGCUUACGUAUAACCUCACAUCUGCAAUACUGGCGAUUGGCAUCAAACAUGGUCAGCUACGGGCGCAGGCAACAUCUUCACUUGAUGCCUACCUCAGCGGUUGGGCAACUGCCUCAGAUGCGCUCUCAGCAGACCGUUUCGAACCUGAAGAGCGAGGAGAAUUCUCGGCAGAUGGCGAACUUGCUCGCGCCAUGACGCACAGUCUGUCUCUGCUCGGAUUCCUCGGUGCAACGGCAGAACACGCCGAGUUUUGGAACGCCUACGACAGACUGCACUUUGUACAACAAGUGCGGAGAGUGCUGACGGAGAAAUUUUUGAUUGCAUUCGAGACGGCCUUGUCGAUUGUACGUAACGCGCGUUCACAUCAGCACGGCCUAAGGGAAUGGAGACGAUUUGUUAAACAUUACGCGGCGUCUGGGCGGCCCUUGGGUGCGAUGAUAUUGCACGACUCGUUCCUGAAGGUUGUGGUGGCUUCUGCAUCACUGCUUGUGCAGACGCACCCAGAGAAUAAGGUCGGAGGUUCGGUUCUAGAUUACCUGAAGUCUUCGUUCAGGGAGACGAAUAACCAUGUCAUUCCUGAUCCAUCAGACGACCGGCUUGCGGAAGGUCUAGCGAGGAUUGCCGUGGAAGAGAUGGAAAGACUUGACAAUGACCUUGACUACCUGCAGAGAGUUGGGUCAGCGUGGCAGCAACAGCAGGCAUCUUCGGUCAAAGCGAAAGUGUUAAUUACAUACCUAUGUUGUGCAGUGUACGACGACAACAUUGCGGAUGCAGAUCUUUUGACGACGUGGUUGGAUGGUGUACUCAAUGACCCAACACAGAGUGCUGAUCAUGAGUUGGCAUCGACGGUCCUGAAGUCAAUGGCUAUUCUCGCAAAGGUCUCACCUCAAGUGGCAUCCAACCUUGGUCGCUCUCUACCACGAGUCAUCGUACAGGGUAACUUCGAUCAUCGGACUACCUCUGUCGCGGCCGAAUCGCUCGCUGCAGUGCUCAGUCUUCUGCCCCAGGACGCUAUCAUCACAACUCUAUACAGUUUGGGCAACAUCAUCAGCGUUGCACCUGUGUCUGAGCGAAAUGUCGCCUCCUCACCACCGCUGAAUGGAAGCAAUCGUGGUCCACGUGCUGGUGGAGUUUACAAUCAACAAAACGGCAGUGCCAUCUCAUUGACGCCAAGCGAUAUUGAAGAGCCGCACCACGUACAUACAACCGUUAUCGAGACGAUAGUGUCGGUGGCGAAAAAUUGCAAAGAUGCGAAGAUUACAGCACUUGCUUUGUCCAUGCUCGUGCAAAAGGUGGGACGAGCAAGCAAGACCGUGGACGCGAAGAUCAUCACGGACGCCGCGUUCCUGGGCGCUCACAGUCCACCGGGGGAGUUUAAGUCGCUCCUGAAAAUGUAUUCGAAAGCAUGCCAUGAUGCUUUGGUCAACGAGGACACCGCAACACUGGAAGCCGUCAUGUCCGCACGACUGAACAUGUCAAGGGAGAUAUCUGCGAAGGACGAGACUUUUGAGAUAUAUCUCAGACAUCUACUAGACACUAUUGUCAGUAAAGGAGAUGCACAGGAGAUAUCACAUCACCGCCUUCGCGACACGGAGCUCGCAGCGCAAGAAAUCGCUCAGCUGCUGAAGCCACUUGCAGCUCUACUUGAGCACAAUGCUGCCGAAACCCAGGAGAUCGAUGACUCAAUCAUCAAUCUGCAGCGCGACGCUUGGUUCAACAUUGUUGUCCAUGGCUUCGACGUCUUGUCCGACCUAGGCAAGCAGUACCGCGAAGAGCUGAGGACACUGGCUAGGUUCAGCAAGCCUCUCAUUGCUGAAGAACGGCCAUUUCUGUCGGAAAGCGAUAUCGAGCUAAACACAGUUCUCCGUCGUGGCAAGUCAGCUGAGCAUACGGUCGAACAGAAAAAGCGUCUAGGCAAGCUCUUACCUUCAUGCGAGGCUGAUACCAAGUCUUUGAGUUACCAAGAGGCGGUCUUUUUGAGCACUGCAUAUCUGGUCGAGGAUCUGCGUGCUAGUACCGGUGACUGUACAAAGGCUCUCGCUUACUUCCUCGAUCCUAAGUUGCGAGUUGGUGCUGUUGGGAACUGUAUGGCCGCAAUCACGACGACUGCUGUGAGGACGUAUCUGGUCAAGACAUUAUCUGGCCAGUCCCAUGUCUUUUCAACGCCAUACUUGGCAGAGCAACUCGCUACGAUCUUCUCAGCAUGCUGCCACCGUAUUGCGCGUGUUCAAGAGGCUGCAGCUACAUGCGCGGAUCUGAUUAUUCGUGAGGUGCCUUCUACUCUGUGUCAGAAAAGUGCACUAUUUGCGCUGUUGGAGUUGCUCUCUGUGAUGUGGUAUAGCUGUCUUGAGGGCGAGACCGAGGAUUACACGUGGAAGUCGACCUUUACUUCCAAGAGAUCGAACAUCACAGUGGAAUUGUCAGACGACUACGCAUUCCGACGCGCAACUCUGGACAACUUGCAUAAGCGCGCGAUAGUAUGGGUAAAGGGGGUUCUUGACAUAGCGCCUCUCGACGUCAAGGGGCUUUUGCAAUCAUAUCUGUCCGAGUUUGACGAUGAGAUGAGUUUCGGCCAUAUUUCACUUGGUCGUUCCUUCGCACUAGAAAUGGGCUCUGUGGUUCCGUCUACUGAUCAACGACUUGGCGCCAUUGAACGCCAGGGUAUGAAUAUCAAUACUGCGUCUGACUUCAUCACGCAGUAUACAACGAGGCAGGAGUAUAAAUUUUUAGACGGUGUCGUCGACCAUGAGGAAGAGUGGCUUCAGGGGGCUCCGUCGUCUGGACCGAGGCCAACAUACCUAAGUCGCAGCUUGCAAGACGCAACCAAUCUCCUCAUCGACCUUGAGACUCGUACACUAGGUCACAAGCACGUCACCAUCGCCGAGCUUCGUGACAUACUCAGAAGAGCAGCUGCUUUGCUGUGCAGAGUCAAGACAGACCAGUCACCCAUUGUUCAUCAUCUUGUCGGUAUUCCCUUUGCAGUCUUCUCAAAGCAGUCUAUCAAGCUCGGCAUCUCGCUGUGGACCAGUGUGGCCAAGGAGAACCCACGCAUGGAAUCACGCAUCUUGGUUGCCAUUGCUGAAAAUUGGGAGAACACGGUGCGCAAGCGAAGAGGUAUCUUCAGUCCAUUAUUGAGACACGAAGAUCCUUUUUACGGCAAACAAGAAUUCACUGCUACCGAUAAAGAAGCUCUGUCCAAGCGUCAACAGCAGAUUUACAACUUGAUUGCUCCCCACUUCCGACUGCUGCAGUUUCUGUCUAGUCACUUCAGUGCGUCGCGCCUCAGCAAGUCGGAUGUUGAACGCGUGUAUGUGCGAUUGAUGCACAUCACGCUUGAUGCGAUGAGUAGUGGCUGCUCGCAGCCUCUAGCUCGAGAAGCAUAUUUUCACAUCAUUUUGCUGGGUUUGCGCAUUGCGCAUCAUUGCAUCACCCUGUCCCCGACCAUCAGGUGGCGAUUGUUUGAUCGCAUUUUGACAGGUGCACUGGCUUGGUUUGCCAAAGCGCCACAAUGGUCGUUUGGCGGAAAUCGCCUGCAGAUUAAGGCGGAGACUCAUGUCUUGAUGGAUGUACAGGCACAGCUCGAAGCCGUUAGCAAGCUCACUGCUGCGGCUGACAUUGGCGCAAAGUUGAAGGCUAAGCAGGACUUGCUGUCGCUGUUGAUAGCUAACGAACACACAAGGCUGAUGGUGUGGCUUUUUCCCUUGGAUAACAAAAAACAUAGGUUCAGUGGAGGAUCGCAUAGCAAUGUUUUGCCGGAUGCUGCCGUGACAGCUCACUUGAAGACGGCUUGGGCAGAGAAUCCAGCUAUUGCUGUCCAUCUUAUCAAGCGCUUCCAAUCUCAACGUCUGAAUAUGGAGGUCCGUUGGCAGGUGCUGAACUUUCCGCACAAGGUGUUGGAUGAGCCUGAUGCGUUGGAGAUUCUCCUGGGUAAUCAGCUGCCUGCUGAUGUGUCGUUCCAACUCAAGUACAUGCUUUACUGGGCACCAGUGAACCCCAUUACGGCGGUGACAUACUUCCUACCAGCCUACGGGAAUCAUCCUUUCAUUAUCCAGUAUGCCAUGCGAGCGCUGGAGAGCCACUCGGUAGAUGUCAUGUUCUUCUACGUGUAUCAGAUUGUGCAGACGCUGCGCUACGAUGUUCUCGGCUAUGUUGAGAGAUACAUCAUCGAAACGGCCAAGUUCUCGCAGUUGUUUGCGCAUCAGAUCAUCUGGAACAUGAAGGCGAAUGCGUAUAAGGAUGAAACUGCGGAGACGCCCGAUGCUGUCAAGCCUACUCUCGACAAAGUCAUGCUCAGCCUUGAAUCCAGUUUCUCGAAAGAGGACCACGAAUUCUACGAACGCGAAUUUGCCUUCUUCAAUGAAGUCACUGGCAUCUCCGGAACCCUUCGUUCUGUCCUGCACGAAUCGAAAGAAGUCAAGAAGCAAAAAAUUGAGGAAGAACUCCGCAAAAUCAAGGUGGAAGUCGGCGUUUACCUGCCCUCUAAUCCAGACGGACAGGUCAUCGGCAUAGACAGAAAGUCUGGCAAACCGCUACAAAGUCACGCAAAAACACCCUUCAUGGCUACGUUCCGCAUCCGUAAGACUAAGCCAGACACGGGACUUGAGGAGACGGAGGAAGAUGAUCGACACGUGGUGAAGAGCGACAACACGUAUGAGACGUGGCUCAGUGCGAUUUUCAAAGUAGGAGAUGACUGUCGCCAAGACGUCCUCGCCCUCCAACUCAUCGCUGCCUUCCGCGGAAUUUUCAACACAGUCGGCCUAGACGUCUGGGUCUUCCCCUACCGCGUCACGGCCACCGCACCCGGCUGCGGCGUCAUCGACGUGCUGCCCAACUCCAUUUCCCGCGAUAUGCUCGGUCGAGAAGCCGUCAACCGUCUGGACGAGUACUUUGUAUCGCGCUACGGCAACGAAGAUUCGAUCCGUUACCAAGAAGCGCGCUCGAAUUUUGUAAAGAGCAUGGCGGCGUACAGCGUAAUCUCCUAUCUGCUACAAUUCAAGGACCGCCACAACGGCAACAUCAUGAUCGACGACGCUGGCCACAUCAUACACAUCGACUUUGGCUUCUGCUUCGACAUUGCGCCCGGCGGCAUCAAAUUCGAGCGCGCACCCUUCAAGCUGACGGCCGAGAUGAUUGCCGUAAUGUCGGGCAGCAAGAACCCCUCGCCGUAUACCACACAAUCGUACCGCUGGUUCGAAGAGCUCACCAUCAAGGCGUUCCUCGCCGCGCGCCAGCACUGCGAUCACUUGUGCCAUGUUGUGCAGGUGAUGCUCGACAGUGGGCUGCCCUGCUUCAAACCCGAGACGAUGCGGAAUUUCAGGGACCGAUUUGUGCUGGGGCGGAGUGAGGGGGAGGCAGCGGAGUGGAUGCGCGGACUGGUGGAGAAGAGUAGGGGGAGCUAUAGUACGGGAACGUAUGAUCGGUUCCAGUUGAUUACAAAUGGUAUUCCUUAUUAA